AUGCCCUUGGCCAUCACACGUCACGAGUGCAACCUCAUGGGCAUAGAGCCCACCACAGAGCCCUGCGCAAGUCCGGCCGAGGGCACCGGAUUCGAAGCUGCGUUGGCGCACCCUCUCGUGCAGUGCCUUCGCGGGCCGAGCAAUGGUCAGCUCCGGAUGUACCAAGGCGAUGGAUCCAGGCUGACAGAGUUUAUGCACGCCUGUCACACCAGCAAUGCAUCGAUGAAGAUCUUCAAGCUUGCUUUGGUGGAGUCUUUGUACCUGGACUGGGACAAGGGAGGCUUCGUGGUGAGCCCAGAACGCGUGAGUGCCUCGGGCGCCGUUUGCGUCCCCGAGGCCUGCAGCCUCUUCGCCGUUGGCUCAUGGCUGAUACCGAUGUUUCUGCGGCAGCUGAUCAGGAGGCCUGCAAACCUUGCUGCUCUUCGGAUGACCCGAAGCUGCCGCAGGGGCCAGGUCGUGCUGCCCCCACGCUCUGCUUUCAAGGCAUUGCUGCGAACGAAAAUUUUCGGCGGCACAUUCCACUGGAACACCGCCUACGCAGAUGGCUUGGGCUUCAGCCCUUGGACGGCGGAGCACUUGUUCCUUGUCAUCAGCGACGUCUUCGGCGAUAGCCGGGUGUUGGUCACUGAGCAGAAGAUGCCAAAGCAGGUCGCCAGCGAACCUCCGAGCAUAGGCCAAGGGGCCGCCUUAGUCCUCGCUGGGCAGUGGCGCUUUCGCCGCCGGAGCGUUUUAGCUCUGCGCAGAUUCGUCGCAGAGCCACUGCAGGCGAAGGUUUUCGCCGCUGUAAGCCGGUUUGGGCCUGAGAACAUCUCGGCCCAGGCUGCGCGUGCGGCCCUCCACGAAGUCUUCGGCGCCGAGCUGGCAGCCUUUUCUUUUCUUCGCGACCCACCCGGGACAGGUGUGUUGCAUGCAGAGCUCCACCCCGAUGCAGUGGAUGUGCAUCACACCGGUGGAGGCCACACGGGCCUCGGACAGGAGCUGUUUUAA